AUGGAAUAUUUUGUGAGCAGCGUGCAGGUAAAGAAGGCCCAGAGUGGGAAGGUGCAGGUUGGAAAUGCUCAGGUGGUGGUACGUGGUGGUGGAGGCUCUGAGAAACAGCAGUUCUGUACCUGGCCGUGUAAAUGUGGGCCAAGGCCGCAGUGUGCACCUGGAGUGAGCGCCGUACUGGACGGAUGUGGCUGCUGUAAGAGCUGUGCUCGCCAGAUCGGAGAAUCCUGCAAUGAGCGUGAUGUGUGUGACCCUCACAAAGGCAUGUACUGUGACUACUCCCGGGAUAAACCACGCUACCAGAUGGGAGUGUGUGCAUAUAUGGUAGCGAUUGGCUGUGAUCUGAAUGGAAUUCAUUAUGAGAACGGUGAGGUGUUUCAACACAAUCCUCUGUAUAAGUGCACCUGUAUUGGUGGAGCCAUUGGGUGCACACCGGUGUUCAUCCAAAAACCAGCAGCCAUGUUGGCACCAGCAGGAUUACAGAGCAACAUCGCUCCUGCUGGAAUAAGAGCCAAAACCCAGCAGGAUACUGCCCAGAGGAGCAAGUCAGCUUACAGGGAUCCUCCCUUAGUGUGGAAGAAGAGUUGCCUGGUGCAGACGACACCCUGGUCCCCUUGCUCACGCUCUUGUGGUUUUGGGAUCUCCGUCCGAAUCUCCAACGAUAACGGCAAGUGUAAGAUGAGGAAAGAGCGCCGACUGUGCCUACUCCGCCCCUGUAACAAGAAAACCCUGAAAAGCCUGAAGAUGCCUGCAGGAAAGUCAUGCAGGCCGAAGUUUCAGGCUCGAACGGCGGAGAAGUUUAAGCUGUCAGGCUGUACGAGCAGUAAGAAGUACAAACCGAAUUACUGUGGAGUCUGCACUGAUAAACGCUGCUGCGUCCCAAAUAAGUCCAAAGUGGUGAAAGUGGAGUUCAAGUGUACAGGUGGAACAAGUGUCCAGUGGAAGAUGCAGUGGAUCACUUCCUGUGUGUGUCAGAAGAAGUGCAACGACCCAGGGGACAUGUUCUCCCAACUGCAUUUACUGUAA